AUGGAUCCCACACAGAAAAAGCACCCCAAAUCUACCUACUUAACAACCACCACCGCCACCAAGCCCCACCACCACAGCCACCCUCUGCCAGUUCCCACCAACACUCUCCCUUCCUCUAUCCAAAGCUUAUCCGAUCAGUUUUCCAAGCUCUAUGCAAAUCACAAAAAACGUUCUUCCUUAAAAACCUCUGGUGGGCAUUCAAAAUCUCACUCACACCCUCAAGUUGACACAAAUUCCCAAGCCAAAUCUCUGGCUGUUACCGUCGUUUCAGACAUUUCAAGUGCCACUUUGACCAAGUCAAACAGCCAUCAUCAUAGAAAUAAUGUGGCGGUGGCUCAGAUUAAGAAGAAAGAGCAGUGCACAAGAACCAAGGUCAAAGAGAAGAACAAUACAAAUGAAAUCAAGAAAGAAUGCAAGAAAUCUUAUGAGGAAUAUGAUGUGAAAAAGGCAGCUAAUUUGAUGUCAAGUAGUGCUGAAAGCGAACAAAUUAAGAAACUGCGACAAGGGUUUGAAAUUACACCAUCCAUUAAAAUGAAUGGAGGGAGAAGAAGGUCAUUUUGUAGUUCACAGGCUGAAUUGGCUGAUUUCUUAACUUGCAGUGGUGUCAAAGUUGUGUCUGUUGAUAUGCCACCAUUUAUGCAGAUUCAUGCUGUGGAUUGUGCAAGAAAGACUCAUGACAGCUUGGAAAAAUUCACUUCCAAGACCCUUGCUUUGACACUCAAAAAGGAGUUUGAUGGGGUAUAUGGACCAGCUUGGCACUGUAUAGUAGGGACCAGUUUUGGGUCUUUCGUAACACAUUCAGUGGGUGGGUUCAUGUACUUCUCUAUGGACAACAAGCUACAUGUCCUCUUGUUCAAGACAACUGUACACAAAGCACGUUAA